GCAUAAUUUAGGAGUAGCAGGUUUUAAUGAUAUUAUGAAAGUUACUGUAUUGUCAGGCAAAAUGGGAGGAAGAGACAAAUAUCGUGAAGUAAAAAUAGGUACAGCACAGGCUUCUAUGAAAGCACUCAUAUAUGAAAAAUUUAAUACUAUAGAUACUCCAAAAACAUAUGAAAAAAGAAUUCGACCACAUGUCGAUGGCAUGCCAUAUGCAGAU